AUGUUUGGCGUUUUCAGACCUAGUAGCGUUAACUUUGGGGGCCUGUUAUGGAAGUCGCCAUGGCGGUUGUCCCCCACACGUAAAGCUAACCAAAGGCAUAGACUGAAGAAAGUCGAUAGCGUUAUCGAAGCCAUCCAGCAGAGUGGCGUUCAGUUAAGAGCCCUGACCAAGGCCCUGGCAUUGCCGAAAGAGCACGAGAUGCCUGCAAGAGACAAAUACACCACUUUCAACCGAAAAAGUCCUAAAUUCCGUAAGAGUGUACACAAAGUACCAAAGUUCACUCGGAUCACACUACGAGAAAAUCCAAAAGGCUUCUAA